GAGAAACACUGUAGAAUGUCUACGAAUGAAAAAUGACUGUUUUCUGGAUUUUAAUUGGGGUCUUCAGCACUAUGAAUACAGUAGAACCUGGUAAACGCUGGGUUUCUGCACAAUCCCUCACCGAGUCACCAGUUUAUCAGCCUGAUAAAGAGCUCAGCGUGGAUAUCGGAGACUCGGCUACUCUGCGCUGUUGCUUUUCUAAAAACAAAGUCGAAACAAUCGACUGGUUUAAACAACCAAAAAGACAAAAACCUCAGAUUAUAGUCACGGUGUAUAAAACGUCUGGAGAAACUUUUUACAACGAAUCACAGAAGUUUAAUUUCAGAAUAGAAAAAUCUUCCACCUGCAUUCAUCUGAUCAUUUUAAACACCAUUCAGUCUGAUGAAGCCAUGUACUACUGUGCACUGAUGGGGAUCAACCCUGUGUUUGCUGAUGGUACUUAUUUGAAAAUUAGUGGAACAUCUGAAUCAGCUCUGUGUGAUACUUCAGCAACACUGCUUGAAAACAGCACUUACACCAACACACAAGAGAUUACAGUGUUCGGUUUGGGAUCGGCUAUGGGUUUGUGCGCACUUCUGAUUUUCUGUCUCACUUAUUUCCUACUGAGGAGAAGAAAAUGUGAUAGAAGGAAAGUUUGUAUAGAAGAUUCCCCACAAACUCGGCAGGAGUCUGAAGCUGAAACACUAAGCUAUGCAGCUCUGAAGUUCUCAAAGAGAAAAGCCGAAGUUGAAAAAAAAAAAGCCGACUCAGCACAACAGUGUGUGUACUCCGAAGUGAAGACAACUGUAAGGGGUAACAUAAAUAAUUUGUAAUGCACAAUACAAUUACACUGUAAAUAGUGAAAAUAUUUCACCAACUGAACAUAUUUUGACAAUGUGCUCAUUUUUGGUACAAUAAAAGUGGAAUGACGCAAACAGACAAUUAUAUUGUUUUCGUUUAAAUAAAUCUGAAUAAUAAGAAGUUUUGCUGGUA